CUCUGAUAUCGCGACUGAAUCAGUAGGUACUGCGAUAUAAACAUCUUUUUCCAUCAAACUGAACGUAUUAUCCUACUCAUUAGGUUUAUUCCACAUCCAUCUUCACACUGUUAUCUUGAAUUCGCGGCAAUGGGGUCCCAAGUACCAGCUUUUGUGAGGGCAGACCUCAGUCUACCUGCAAAACUGCCUGGCGAGCCGCAGAAAAAGGACGGGCCGAAAUCCGUCCGGACUGUUCCUGAACUGGUGGACUUCAACGCCUCCCACAACUCAGACUACCCAUUCUGCUAUCAAGCUCGCAAGGACGACUCCAGAAAAGCUAGCCUGGUAACCAUCACGCAUUCGGAAUUCAGGGACGCUGUUCUUCGCUGUCAGGAGUGGCUCAAAUCCAGCAUCAACGAUCUUCAGCUUCCAGUCCUUCAGGAGAAUGGAGUCAUCUCCAGGAGCACGCCAGUUGCCCUCUUUAUGGAGAGCGACAUUGGGCUCUUUGUGCAUAUUGUCGCCCUUCUGGGCCUUGGCGUCCCAGUCUUGCUCUUGUCUGCGCGGCUCAGCCCUCUGGCCAUCGGAAAUCUCACCAAGACCACGCACUGCUCUGACAUCUUGGCUUCUCCACGAUUAGCUCGAAACUGCGAAGCUGCAGUGCAGCCCGGAAAUCCUGGAGGCUCGCCCCCUGCCGUCAUCUAUGAGCGACAGCCGUAUGAGGUCUUCCUCUCUCAAAGGACAGAGUCUGCCGCGCCCGGUUCAAAAUCAACUGUGUGUCAUGCGAACUAUCAUGCAGACGAGUGGGACCGAAAUGCCAUCAUCUUGCAUUCUUCGGGGACGACUGGGCUUCCCAAGGCCAUUUACCAGUCCCAAGAGUAUGUGCUCGGCUAUGCAGCAAACCACUCUUUGUCACCAGAAGAAGCCGACGGUGUAAAUGUGUCAACCUUGCCGUUGUUCCACGGAUUUGGACUCUUGGCGCCAUGUCUCUCCCUCAGUAUUGGGCUUCAGCUAUGCCUGCCCGCAAAUUCCAUCUCAUCCGCAGGCACCAUAGCGGAGCUGUUGGAGACCACGAAUGCCCGCUCGUUGAUGACGGUUCCUUCUGUGCUUGAUGAUAUGUGCGAGAAUGCCGACGGCGGUGCCGCUCUACGCGCAUUGCUUUCUUUGCAGUUCGUGGCGACGGGUGGCGGUCCUCUACCCCAAGCCGUGGCCGAGAAGCUGGUCGGUGCCGGCGUCAAGCUCCUCAACCAUUUCGGCGCAACGGAGGUCGGCGCCCUCGGCUCCGUCUUCGUCCCAAAGGGAUCGGAGUAUGAUUACCGGUACAUCCGCGUGCGACAGGACUACCGGUACGACGUUAUUCCCAUCGAACCUGCGGCUGGCAAAAACUCUGCCGAUGACGGGGCAUGCAAGCUGGUGUUCUAUCCUUUUGGCUGGGACUCCCCUUUCGAGGUGCAGGACAGACUGCUUCGCGACCCGCUGCAUCCAACCACGGACUUCCGUGUCAUGAGCCGAACGGACGACGUGGUUGUUCUUGCAACAGGAGAAAAGGUCUUACCAGGAAUUUUCGAAUUCGAGCUCAGCCAAGAUCCUCUCUGCAAGACUGCCGUUGUCGUCGGACAAUCCCAGUUCGAAGUUGGCAUUCUCGUCGAGCCUCGAGACGAGAAUCUCCAUGACGUGACUGAAGUCGAGGAGUUCAGAAGCCACAUGUGGGAAAUUGCAUCUCGUUUGAACGAGAAGGUGGAUGCACACGCUCGGAUCUCGUCCCCGCAAGGCAUCAUUGUCGUGCUUCCACGGGACAAACGGAUCCCUCGCUCAGACAAGGGCUCGGUGCUGCGCCAAGAAACCUACAGAGUCUUCGAGCCCGAGAUCACCGCGAUGUACGAAGCCCUCGAGAAACACUCGGGUGAAAAUGGCACCCCGGGAUUUCAACUUGACAUGUCUCGCCUGGAAGCUGGAAUUCGCGAGCUCAUCCAGACAAAGCUGGGCUGGAAGAUCCCAAGUGUGGAGUGGGAGGAUGAGCAAGACUUGCUCGAGCUCGGCAUGGACUCCCUCCAAGCUCUCCAGCUCCGUCGCCUACUGUCAGCCUCUCUAGCGCAACUCGGCGAUGUGGACAUCCAGCUGGGACGUGAUUUCGUCUAUGUCAACCCUUCAGUUGCUAUGCUGGCUGCUGCCAUCCGAAAACGGGCUGACACGGCCUCCGCUGACUCCGGGGAUGACUAUGCUCAUGUAAUCGCGCGACUGGUUGACAAAUUCGCGCAUUCCAACUUGUCCUCAAAUGUCGCGCCAGGGCUGCAGAAUGUGGUCCUGUUGACAGGAAGCACUGGAGGCCUAGGGUCGCACAUCGUCCAUUGCCUUUCACAACGCCACGACAUCCUGAAAGUCAUUUGCUUGAUCCGGGGGGAAAACACCAGCCCGUCGGAAAAAGUGCGGGAGGCAUUGGCAUUCCAGGGACUCGAGCUCCCGAAGCAUUGCUGGGCCAAGGUGCAGGCAGUUGCUGUGGACUUCGCAAAGCCACAAUUUGGCUUGAGCUCGAUCGAGUACAAGUCACUGACAGACUCGGUGACUCAUGUUGUACAAAACGGCUGGCCCAUGGAUUUCAACCGCCGCGUCGCGUCUUUCGAGAGCCAAUUCCGUCUGACGCGGGACCUGAUCCAGCUGGCAGUAGAGUCAGGAAAGGAGCAAGAAAGUGCGAAGAAGGGUCUCCCGUCGUCACCCCCAACGUACUUGUUCGUGUCAUCUAUCGCCGUCGUGGGCCAGUAUCCCGACCCGAAAGCUGGCCGAGGCUCCAUAGUGCCGGAGGUGCCGAUGCCAGACAACGAUUGCGCAGAUGAGUUUGGGUACGCCCAGGCGAAGCUGGUCUGCGAGCGCAUCGUCGAAUCAGCCGCCCGGGCGCACCAGGGGGAGCUUGUGGCCAAGUACGUGCGAGUGGGCCAGAUGACGGGAGCACGAGAGACAGCCCGGUGGAACGCCAGAGAGCAUUUCCCAGCGCUAGUCAAAUCCUCUCAGCUGGUAGGCUACCUGCCAAAGAUUCGUGGUACCCUGUCAUGGCUCCCUGUAGACGAUGCAGCGGCCGCCAUGGCCGAUCUCACUCUUGCACCUGCCCCAGCUGACCACGACAUGGCGCUGCCUCUCGUGUUCCAUGUCGAGAAUCCAAUCAGGCAGUCAUGGGAGGACGUCCUGGAUGUCAUAGGGAAUGAGCUGUCGUUACCAUCAACGAGCCGCGUGGCUUACAGCCAGUGGGUUGAAAAGGUCUUCACUCAUCCUGAUGAUCAGAUAGAGGAGAACCCCGCGAAGAAGAUGGCAACAUUCUUCCAGGGCGAUUUCGAGCACAUGUCGGGUGGACAGGUCAUAAUGAGCACGGACCGUUCUAGGGCGUGCAGUGAUACCUUGCGCGUGAGCAGGCCGGUGGAUGAUGACUUGGUAAAGGCGUAUGUGGCUGAGUGGCGUAAAAUGGGCUUGUUGAAGUGAUCUUGCGUUUUUCUUUGGUAGCGUCAGUAGCGGUGUCAUCUGUCCAAUGUAUUGUGUGCUACACUUGAAA